AUAUUGAGUCGAAAUAAAAUGAAUCGUCCAGAGCUCGAUUAUUAUGCUGUGCUGGAUCAGCCGAGAGGAGCCAGCAAGGAGCAAAUAACCUUGGCGUACCGCCGUCUGGCCAUCCGACUGUGUCCACAUCGCGAUAAGAAGGACGAACAUGAUUUUGUGCCGCUGGCGCAAGAAGGGCGCCUGACCCAUCUAUCUCCGAUGGGCGAACUAAAGCAGUGGGCCUAUAUAAAUAUGGCCUAUGAUGUUUUGGGUAACGAUCUCUAUCGGGCUAUAUACGAUCGCUUUGGCGAGGCUGGUCUCUUUGAGGGCGUCAUGCUUCCCAAUGGCUACUUUCCACCAUACCAGUAUCAUGGCGACCACAUGAAGGUGUACGAGAAAGUCUUUGCAAGCUACUCGCCCUACGCCAAUGUGAUCGAUGCCAUCGCCAAUCCACCGAGCUUGUAUGCCACUCGUCAGCAUGGCAUAGGUGUCAGAACGAAGGAUUCAAGCACGGAGAGGAUCAUACAGCUCUCUCUGGAGGAAGUGCGCACGGGUUGCGUGAAACUCAUGCACGUUUGGCGCCAGGAGAUCGUGGACGCCAAGGAGUCCCGCUUGGAGAAGCGGAAGCAUACUCUAAAGCUAAACAUUGCACCGGGCACAACUGCCGGCACUCGGUUCUGCUUCAAGGAGGAAGGAGAUCGUUAUCCAGCUACCAUUCCGGGGGACAUCAUAUUUAUAGCCGCUGACAAGCCACAUCCUGAUUUUGAGCGAAGGAACCACCAUGACCUGGUCUACCGGCACAACAUAGAUCUUAGCCAAGCCCUCACCGGAUUUAUGUUCUUUAUCUGCACUCUGGACAAACGGGAGCUGAAGGUUGUGAUCACGGAUGUGGUGUACCCGGGCUACACAAAGGUCAUACCCCUAGAGGGAUUGCCAAAGUGCCGCAACAUGGAUGCGACCACUGCCAUCAGGGAGGCCAACAAGAAGAUCGAACAAUUUGGUGACCUGAUCAUCGAAUUUAAUUAUAUUUUUCCCAAGUACCUGACACCGCGAAUGAAAGGGGCAACCCGUGACUUCUUCCGAGAGUUCCGGAAAAUGGAAAUCGAGCUGGCAGAGGAAGAGGGAAAACACAUGAAUUAGGCAGUUCCAUUAUUCUAUUAUAGCUUUAAAUUAUACGUAGAGACG